CGGUGCGGCGCUGCGCCGCACGUGUGCGAGCCCGGCGGCAGCGAGUCCUCGGGUUCGCAGGGCGGGAGGCGAGCGCGCAGCCCAUGGUCGCGGGCCCUCCCCGCCGCCUGAUCAGUGUGGUCCAGGCCUGGGCCUCCCUCUUGUGUUCCAAGUACGGCGCCGGCUUCCUGGCCACUCGGCCCUCGCGCUUUCAACCUCCGGGCUCCCUUAAAUGUUUCCUUGGAGCCUUGAAGAUGGAAAUGGCGGGUGUGUCCCUGAAACGUGGAUACGUUGUGGUUGAAGACAGUGACUGUGCGGGUCCAACUGAGGAGAUAAAAAAACAGAAGGUCUUGGAACGCUGCCUGCCUGAAGCAGGAGAUGGCCUGGACAGUCACUGUCUGCCCAGCAGUGACACAGAGCCCCAGCCACCAGAAGUCGGCAGUGCUGGGAAAGGUAAAAAGAAUUCCGGUGCCCCCCUGGAGGAAGAGGAAGAGGAAGAUGGCUUUUCAGAGGAAGGAGAGGAAGAGGAGGAGGCAGAGAGCUUUGCAGAGAUGAUGAAGCACGGGCUCACGGAGCUUGAUGUGGGCAUCACCAAGUUUGUAAGUUCUCAUCAAGGAUUCUCAGGGAUCUUGAAGGAAAGAUAUUCUGACUUCAUUGUCCAUGAAAUAGGAAAAGAUGGGCGGAUCAGCCAUUUGGAUGACUUAUCUGUUCCAGUGGAUGAGGAGGAUCCUUCAGAAGAUGCAUUUACAGUUUUGACAGCUGAAGAAAAGCAGCAAUUGGAGGAGCUCCAGCUUUUUAAAAAUAAGGAAACCAGUGUUGCCAUCGAGGUUAUUGAGGACACCAAAGAGAAGAGAACCAUCAUUCAUCAAGCCAUAAAAUCUCUGUUUCCUGGACUAGAGACAAAAACAGAGGAAAGAGAAGGGAAGAAAUACAUUGUAGCCUACCACGCUGCUGGGAAGAAGGCCUUGGCAAAGGUCAGAACUGCAGCAGAUCCAAGGAAACAUUCUUGGCCAAAAUCUAGGGGAAGUUACUGCCAUUUCGUUCUGUACAAGGAAAACAAAGACACCAUGGAUGCUAUUAAUGUACUGUCUAAAUAUUUAAGAGUCAAGCCAAACAUAUUCUCCUACAUGGGAACCAAAGAUAAAAGGGCUAUAACAGUUCAAGAGAUUGCUGUUCUCAAAAUAUCUGCACAGAGACUUGCCCACCUGAAUAAGUGCUUGAUGAACUUCAAGCUAGGAAAUUUCAGCUAUCAAAAAAACCCUCUGAAGUUGGGAGAGCUCCAAGGAAAUCACUUCACUGUAGUUCUCAGGAAUAUAACAGGAACUGAUGACCAAGUCCAGCAAGCUAUGAACUCUCUGAGGGACAUUGGAUUUAUUAACUACUAUGGAAUGCAAAGAUUUGGAACAACAGCCGUCCCUACAUACCAAGUUGGAAGAGCUAUUCUUCAGAAUUCCUGGACAGAAGUCAUGGAUUUAAUACUAAAACCCCGUUCUGGAGCUGAAAAAGGGUACUUGGUUAAAUGCAGGGAAGAAUGGGCGAAGACCAAGGACCCAGCUGCUGCCCUCAAAAAACUACCUGUCAAAAGGUGUGUGGAGGGGCAGCUGCUUCGAGGACUUUCAAAAUAUGGAAUGAAGAAUAUAGUCUCUGCAUUUGGCAUAAUACCGAGAAAUAAUCGUUUAAUGUAUAUCCAUAGCUAUCAAAGCUAUGUAUGGAAUAACAUGGUGAGCAAGAGGAUAGAGGACUACGGGCUGAGGCCCGUCCCGGGGGAUCUAGUCCUCAAAGGAGCCACAGCCACAUAUAUUGAAGAAGGAGAUGUUACUAAUUACUCCAUUCAUGAUGUGGUGAUGCCCUUGCCUGGUUUCGAUGUGAUCUACCCAAAGCAUAAAAUUAGUGAAGCCUACAGAGAAAUGCUGACUGCAGACAACCUUGAUAUUGACAACAUGAGACACAAAAUUCGAGACUAUUCCUUAUCGGGGGCCUACCGAAAGAUCAUUAUUCGUCCUCAGAAUGUCAGCUGGGAAGUCGUUGCGUACGAUGACCCUAAAAUCCCACUUUUCAACACCGAUGUGGACAACCUAGAAGGAAAACCACCACCAGUGUUUGCUUCUGAAGGCAAAUACAGGGCUCUGAAAAUGGAUUUUUCGCUUCCUCCUUCUACUUAUGCUACCAUGGCCAUUCGAGAAGUGCUAAAGAUGGACACCAGCAUCAAGAACCAGACACAGCUGAACACAGCCUGGCUCCGCUGAGGAGCGUUUGCUUUAUCCACAUGCAGACGAGUACUUGGUCCUCUUCAGGCAGAGCACCCAUAUAUGGAUUUUGAGUCAUUAUAGCAAAGGAUUAUUUGUAUUUUUUUAAAUUUUUAUUAGCUUAAGGAAAUAAUUUGCAAAGUUUGUACAUAUACACUAAUCCUGAGGAUCCUAAUUUUAGCUCAGAGUAUAUAAUUGGUCAGAAUGUACUUCAGGUGCUUAAAUCAUGGUCAGAUAUGUUUUACAGGUGUUAUAAUAUUUAAAAAGGACGUUGGUUUGAAGGUAUCAAAUAGCAGUUUUAGAUUGUGCAGAAUAUUUGAAGGACAACAAAUUCUUAACAUAUCAUGAAUGUAGUACACAGCAAGCAUUUUAAGAGCAAAUGCAACAAAACAAAUGUUGAUUAUGGAUAAUUUGAGACUCUCCAGUUACAAAUAUAAAUAUAGUACUCAUGCUGAUUCAAAUGCUAACAAAGGGCCUAUAAGUUUAUAGUCACCAGAGUGACUGUCAGCUAGGUGUCAUGGUGCACACUUAUGAUCCCAGCCCUCUAGGCGACUGAGCCAGGAGGAGCACAAGUUCAAGCCCUGCUUCACUUAGACCCUGUUUCAAAAACUUUUUGAAGACAAAGUCUCAUUCUGUAAUUCAGGCUGCCCUUGAACUCACUGUGUAACCCAGACUGGCCCUGACCCUGCAGUCGUUCUGCACCAGCCAUCCAAAUGCUGGGGUUACAGACAUGCUCCGCCAUGCCAGGAUUCGAAACAAAUACUUAAAAGAGCUCAAUGUGAAGUCCCUGGGUUCGAUUCCCAGUACCACACCACCAAAAAGUAAGGACACCAGGCAUGCAUUUCAUGUACCAGAUUCAGGUCAGCAUUUAUAUGCUUUUAGUUUGCAGUUGCUUUAACAUUCAUACUCUCAAUGUCUUGCAGGAGAUCUGCACUGAUACGGGCUCUUGUCUUCAUAUAAACAUGUAGCUUUUUUUAUUGGUUAAGGUCUGAUGUUUACUCUAGGUGCCUUUUAUGUUGGAAACUAUUUCUACUGGACUGGUAUUUGCCCUAAAAUAAAUAAUGGCAAAGACUUUAAAAUGUCUACAUUGCAGGCUGGGAAUACAGCUCAGUGGCACAGUGCCUGCCUGGCAAGCGCCAGAUCCUGAGUUAGAUUCCUGGUACCAAAUACAUACGUACACACACACACAUAAAUGUCUACAUCGUGUACCAUUUGUCACCUACUGUUCAGGUGUCUGUCAGCAUUGUAUAUUGGAUGUCUCGGAUGUGAAAGCAUAAAUCUGCCUUCCAAAGUUGUGUGAUAUAACUACCAAUUUUUGUUUUCUAUUAUUUCUAAAACAAAAUGUAAUAAAUAUUUUAAAACCUGCUUUCUAUUGAUGAUGUAAAUAAAAAAAUUCUAAAACUGA